UGGCCACCACACACAUCGCGGCGGCGAAGCGUCGAUGGCUUCUAUAUCGACGCCGCACGCGGAAAUGGGCGAAGCAACGCAAGAUGAAUCGGUGUCUCUCGUGAGCAAGGAACGAGGCAUGUUCGGUCUCGUGGAAAAAGUCCUCAUGCAGGAAGACUUGUUCUCGAUUGCAGAUGUCCUUUCCGACCAAGUUCGUACGUUGUUCUUUUCAACCACGGAUGCGUCUGCUGUCGCGUCAAUCGUGCUUCUCGUGGACGAGAACACAUCGUCGAUGGCCAAACUCGACUCGACGGAUAUCACGGCCGACCCUAUCUCGUUGGAACGAGGUCUCGCUGGAGCCGUCGCCCGCACAGGGGUCCCGUUUGUAGGGACGGAUUUUGCGGCGACCUAUGACCCCGACGUUGACAUCGCAUGUUCGUCAAGCCUAUGCUUAUCGUGCGUCCCGCUGUUUAACUCGUCGGAGUCUGUGUUUGCUGUCCUUCAAGUCCGAUCACCUCUGCCUGGGCUGUCCUCGACGGACGUCACCCUUCUCCAGCGCGUCGGCCCCAUCUUGAGUCAAUGUUUUCGCAAAUCCAUCGAAUUCCACGACAUCGUGCUUCGACAUCGUACUCAAGCUGCGCUUCUGCAUCUCGUCAACUCGUCGUCCACCGAAGAAACCAUUCUUAAGCUGAUGGAGCGCGUGAUCAACGGGUCGAGUCACAUCGUGCACGCGCAGCGCGUCACGCUGUUCCUCGUUGACUGGCCGCGCAAAGAGCUGUGGUCGCUGCAGCCCACGUUUCGCCACACUCGCGUUCGCGUUGACACGUCGUGCCUAUUGGGCGAAGCUGUUCUAACAGGCUCCAUCAUUAACGUUCGGGAUGCCGCCACCGACCCGCGUUUCCACGGGGCUGUGGACGAUCCGUUACAGACGGGUAUCGUCACAGCGUUGUACGUGCCGAUCGGGAUUCCCCACGGCACCGCGGACGCAGCCCCGCCCAUGGCUGUCCUCGAAUGCGUGAAUAAAUUAAAACCGGACGGGUCGUCUCUCUCGACAGAAGGGUUUACGAAUGACGACGAGUGCGCGUUUGAAGCGUACGCGAGCGAAGUGGCCGUCGUGCUGCGACGGAGAGCGCACGACACCGAGUACCUGAAGCUUUUGGGGGAUUCGGCGGCAGAACUCGCGUCCAUACCGCUGGACGGCGGGACACAUCAACCGCUGUCGUCCAUUCUACGUGACGCACGGUCGGUCUCCACUGCCACCACCCCAUCGUCUCCUGUCGCCAAUCCAAGCGCAAUCCAUGGUGGCUCGUCUCGUCGACUCCGCCCCCCACCGCAUCUCCUCAUCGACACCUUUCAUCUUCGGGACAGAACAUCGUCGACGUCCGCUGUCUUACCGCCGUCCCCUCUCGCCCUCCCGCUAAAACCACUUGUGCUAUCUCCCCGACGCUACUCGAUGGAUCCUGACGCAGGCAACGACCUGACUGUGCCGGGCUGGGACCUCGACGUCUUCACCCACGACACCGAGCAACUCUUGGGAUACGCCGAGCACAUGCUUCGAGACCAACGCAUGUCGGGGCCGCACGAGAUUGACGUGCCGACCUUGCGGGCCUUCCUCCAAGUCGUCCAUGAUCACUACCACCCGAACCCGUUCCACAAUUUUCAGCACGGUUUCUCUGUCCUCCAUGUGUCGUACCGCAUUCUUUCCGAUACCCACGCGGGCCGUGUGCUCCACCCGUUGGACCGCCUCGCGUGUCUCGUUGCGAGUCUGUGCCACGACAUUGACCACCCUGGCCACUCGAAUUUGUUUGAAAUCCACUCGAAUUCGCCGCUUGCUCUCACCCACAACGACGACGCUGUUCUCGAGCGACAUCACGCCGCCACGACGUUCCGCCUCCUCCAAGACCCCCGCGUCAAUGUCUUUGCCGCGUUUUCCACGUCGGACUUUCGAUACGUCCGCAAAGCGAUCGUGCGCGCCAUCCUAGGCACCGACAUGGCGAUCCAUAACGACACGAUUGACGCACUCGUGUCCCGCUUCCAGCCACUGCCCACCGCCAUGUCCCCCGUCAAAGGCAUCACGGACCAUAUCCACCCGGCGCUCUCGUCGUCGCAUUCCUCGUCUGCCUCGACGUCGUCUGGAGACUCCUGUUCGCCCAUCGAAACGAAUGGAGAACCUCUAGAUGAGCUGUCGAUUCCGCCAUCGCCGCCGCCGCCGUGGCGCGUGUUUGAAAACUCCGAAGACGAUCGGCUCUUCUUGGUCAAAGCCGUGGUGCACGCCGCAGAUCUAAGUGCCCAAGUCUUCCCCAAGCACAUUGCUCUUAAAUGGAGCAACAUGAUUGCAAAAGAAUUUGCAUACCAAGCGCUCAUGGAGAGCGCGGAAGGGCUCCCUGUCACCCACGAGCACGUGGACGACCCGCUGCUCAUGGUAGAAAGCCAGCACUUUUUUGCAGCGCGCCUUGUCGCCCCGUUGUGGGUGGCGCUGGUCCAGUUCUUCCCAGAACUGGACCAUUGCAUGACCAACCUCCGUGCCAACAUCGCGCACUACGAGGUAGAAAUCCGCCGGUUGCAGCAUUCCCCCACGGCGACUGGCGACGCUUCGGACCAAAGCGCGGCGCCCGAGCAGCCUCCAACGAACGAAGGCCAAGCUGUGCCCGGGAUCAACAAGAACACCCCCGCCAAAUUCAACUCGUUUCGCAUCAUCGCGACAUCGCAGACCCCAUCGUCUCCUCUGUCACCGCGGAAACCGCAUCAUCUACCGCUGCAGAUGCACGGCCCGAUGUUGAAAGAGGACGAAGACCACGUGUACACCUUAGAGUAAGUCGUGUGCACCACUUGUGCUGUCUACUAUUUAUCGACGCGAAUACUCCGAUUUUGAUCGUCGAGGUGCACUGCAGCUUCGUACGCGGACCGAACGCUAUCAAAGUACGUGGCAGCAGCCGCGGCACUCCGAUCGGG